AUUUUCAAAAAAAAUAAAUAUAAUUGGCCUUCUUACCACUCAUUUCCCCUAUAAAUAUUGAUUAACUUGGGCACUGAGAAAAAAAAGAUUUGUGAAGAAGAAAAUGGAGAUUGAUGGUAGUGGGAGCUCAAGCAAUGAACAAUAUGCUUCGGAAGACUCCAAUCAAGACGAGAAGAGGGUCUCUCAUCGCCACUCCCCUCAACAGAUCCAAAGACUUGAAGCUUAUUUCAAGGAAUGUCCUCAUCCAGAUGGAUCACAGCGACGACAGUUAUGUCAAGAGCUUAAACUCGAGGCUAACCAAAUCAAAUUUUGGUUUCAGAACAAAAGGACUCAGUGCAAAGCCCAAGAAGAACGAUACACUAACAUGCAACUUCGUGGAGAAAACGAAAAUCUCCAAAAUGAGAACAAAGCAAUGCUUGAGGUACUAAGAAAUGUGAAAUGUCCAAAAUGUGGAGGUCCUUCUUUUGGCAAGGAAGACCGCGAACCAAAUCUCCAAAAACUGCGUUUGGAAAACGCUCUCCUGAAAGAGCAGCAUGCCCAGAUCUCCACUUUUGUAUCCAAGCACUUGUCCAAACGACCAAUGGUGGAGGAGGACUCAUUCUCUUCUGUGCCUAGCCAACAAAGCUUUCAUCACAACUCCUCGCAUGGAAUUAACCCAAGCAACAUGUUCGAGCCAUCUAGCUCAUUCGGACCACCAACUCCCCCAAUGGAUAUAAACUUGCUAUCGGAAACCGCGGCAUGUGCGGUUGAAGAGCUCAAGCGGCUGUUUUUAGCUGAGGAACAAUUUUGGGUUAAGUCGUCUAUCGAUGGGACAUAUGUGAUUGAUUCAGAGAGCUAUGAAAAGUUCUCGCGCUGUGUGAAACAUUUCAGGAGCACGAGUGCUCAUGUCGAGUCUUCCAAAGAUGUCACGAUGGUUCCCAUAGAAGCAACAACCUUGAUCGAAAUGUUCUUAGAUUCGGAGAAAUGGAAAGAGUUUUUUCCAACAAUUGUGAACAAGGCCAAGACAAUACAUGAGCUCGGAUCGGAGCUUCCUAUUAGGGAAAAUUGCAAUGUUUUGCUAGUGAUGUGGGAGCAACUACACAUUCUGUCGCCGCUGGUGCCACCAAGGGAGUUCAUGAUCGUCAGGUGCUGCCAAGAGAUCCAGAAAGGGCUCUGGAUUAUUGCUGACGUGUCACACAACGUUGGCUUUGACUUUGUGAAUGCUUCUUGUUACAAACGUCCUUCUGGUUGUCUCAUCCAAAGCUUGCCCAAUGCUCACUCCAAGGUUAUGUGGAUUGAGCAUGUGGAAGUGGACCAUAAACUGGAUUCACACAAAAUGUAUAGAGAGGUUUCAAGCGGCGGGACAGGCUAUGGAGCUAAGCGUUGGAUCGUCACACUUGAGAGAAUGUGUGAGAGGAUGGCUCUCAACUCCAUCCAAACCCUUCCUGCAAGUGACUGGAGCGAUGUCGUAACGACAGGAGAAAAAAGAAGGAGAGUCAUGAAAUUAGGUGGGAGAAUGAUACAAGAUUUCAACGGGAUGUUGACCAUGUCCGGAAAAGUUGACUUUCCGAAGCAGUCCAAAUGUGGUGUGAGAGUCUCCAUCCGUCUGAACCAGGAGCAGGGUCAACCACCCGGUUUAAUUGUCAGUGCUGCCUCUUCCCUCUCAAUCCCUCUCACUCCUUCCCAAGUCUUCGACUUCCUCCUGAAGCUCGACAAUCGUCAUCAGUGGGACGUUCUUUCCUAUGGAACCGCAGUCUCUGAGAUUGCUCGCAUUGCCACCGGAUCAAAUGAAUCCAACUGCUUAACCAUCCUGCGGGUACAUCCAAUGCAAGAAGAGAGUGAUGACAAGUCGAUGAUGGAACGAGACCCAGAAGAGGGGGACAUGCUGAUGCUGCAAGAUAGCUACAUGGACGCCUUGGGAGGCAUGAUAGUGUACGCUCCUAUGGACAUGGCUACAAUGAAUAUGGCUCUCUCCACCAAUGUCGAAGCUCCCAAUAUCCCAAUCCUUCCUUCUGGUUUCAUCAUCUCAAGCGACCGCCGUCCAUCCACUACAGAGGACGGUGGGACCCUACUCACGGUGGCCUUUCAGAUCCUUGUUUCUGGCAAGACCACUAGCUCGAUAGAGGUGAAUGAGAGGUCUGUGAACAUAGUGAGUGCUUUGAUCAGCUCCACUGUUCAAAAGAUCAAAGAGUUGCUCAAUUGUCCUCCGUGUGAGUGAGGGCAUAUGCUGUGGAAGAUUCCCUUUUCUUUUCAUUAUUGUUUUGUUUCGAGAUAUUUAUUUCUGGGUUUUUUAAGACUUUCGUUUGGUUAUAAUCGAUUUUAAGGACAUGAUUCCAUUUCUGGUCGGUAAUAUUACAGAUCGAUUUAUGAAAAUAAUAAAACGACCCUUC